UGGAGGCGGGUGGAGUUUGUCAUCCGUGGUAUAUGGAAUACCAUAAUAUCGGAGGGAAACUUUGGAAAAUAUAAGUUAUGUUACGGAAAUUACGCACGUGUGGAUUUCUAAAUAGUUUGGACUGUUGGGAGUAUGCAACCUUUAAACUGACUUCAUGAAGCUUUUAAACGUGUUUACACUUCAGUGUUGGCACUAAAAAGAUACCACUCCAGAGUGACAUUCGGUUCCAACGCUCUGCAUCUGAAAAAACGGCCACAUUCAGGAUGAGGAUGCCGGGACAGGCUGAAGGGGCGCGUAGGCGUCUGGAUUUGACCUCUCCUCAUGAAGUCAGACGGGUUGAGAUUGUUCGAGGACGUGUUGGAUACGGGUUUACCUUAUCGGGACAAGGCCCGUGCCUCUUGAGUGGAAUAUUGGAGGGCAGCCCUGCAGACCAUGUGGGACUGAAGCAGGGGGAUCGUAUAGUGAGCGUCAACGGAACUGAUGUGGCAAAGGCAUCCCAUGAGGCUGUGGUGCAGUUGAUUGGCACCUGUAAAGGCCCUUUACGGUUGGUGGUGCUUGUCGGGAGUGGGCCCUUGGUGGACCUAUCCUCCAGCGACAAGGAGUUAAGGAUUUCUAGAACAGAGGGAAAGGAGCUUUUUCAGAAGGGGGGAGUUUUUCGCACUGUUUCAGCCCACUCUGGCAACUUGUCCUCUAACUCCGUAAAUGCCACCCCAGCUAAUCCACGACCUGUGUCAGAACCUGACAUGUCCCACUGGAUCCAGCCUUCGAACUCCAAAACUCAGCCUCUCUUCCUGUCUGCGGAGGAAACCGCCCGAGUGGCAGACGGCGACUCAGUUUUCAACGAGCAGGAGGAUGAUGUGAAUCGAGACUGGAGUAUUCUGAACACAGCCAUUGUGGUGGGCUACCUGGGCUCUACUGAACUGAUCUUGGCCUUGUCCAGACACGGCUCAGAGGACGACUGCCUACAGGUGAUCCGCGGGUGUAUCAGACAUAUGGGCACAGAGCAGGAGACCCACACGCUGGUGAUGAUGAAGAUCAUGUUCGACUGCGUCCGCCUCUGUGAUGACACAGGAGCCGUCCUGGCCGCCUUCCCUGCCGAGAACCUUGUCCUGGGCGUGGUGUGUUCUGAGGACAGGCGCUUCUUUUGUCUGGUCACCACUGCACACAUCUCUGGCGGCCACGUUGGCCAGAACGGUCCCUUGAGUACCUCAUGCCACGUCUUCUUCAUCGACCCUGAGCUGUGCCACCACAAUGACCACCUGGGCAUCACAGGGCGCUUCGGCUUCGACUGCACCCCUGACCCAGACACCCAGGGCUGCCUGGAGUUCCCCCUCACUCCCCCCUCCGUUCUCCAGUUUGUAUCUGUCUUAUACUGUGAAAUGGGGGAGGCAGUGGAGAGGCUUAGAACCAGGCUGGACAGAGACUCAGCCCACCACCUCCACACGCAACAGAAUCGCAGCAGCACCGGUAAGAAUGGCAGCGCCAGCAGCAACGGAGACAGUGGGAUCGGAAACACCUCCCCCCCUGAGGAAAGAGCGGACAGGGAUUUCCCCAUCGCCCGCGGAAACGACCCUGGGGGCCAGCUCCCCAGCUGUCCAUGGGAGGAUUACCCCCAGGCUGAAGGAGACCUCACCCAAAUAGUAGCUCAUCAAAAUGGCUGGCUAAAACUAAACGGCCAUCCUAAUCCAGGCAGCACAAAUUCCCUUUCCGAAUCUCUACCUGGCCCGGCGUCAUUAACCGGCCUAUGCGGUGGUCCUCCUCCCAGGUUGGAGUUUCAGUUCAAGCCCCCGCCACCACCGUACCCUCUGGCUAAGAACCAGAACCAGAACCUAACAGGAGGAGGCUCCUUCAGAAGCAGUCAGCGCUGGUUCUCUAUGAGUGUUAAGCAGAGGUGGCCUAAGGGCCGAGGUGGAGAGCCAGAGUCCCAGGCAACACCGGCCACUAACAGCUGGUCAGGACCAGCCACGGUGGGUAGCACCAAUGCUCUGCCACCCCCCAUGAGCCAGAUCCCACCAGACAGGUACCUGGCAGCAGAGACCAUGUUGCUGCUGCCCCAGAGGGAGGAGUGGGCCAAACGACUCUGGAGAGUAGAAUCUGGAGAGCUGCUGAAUGGAAAUCCCAGGAAAGAUGCCAAUACCAAGGGUUCCAAGUUCUGGGGCAUUGGCGCCGGACGCUCCUCUGGCCGUCGCUCCAUUGGACACUCCAAGAGGCUCAGCCUGGCACGAUCACUGGACGACCUGGAGUCGGCUGCUUCCUCAGAAGGUGACCAUGGUGGUGGUGUGCAGCUCCAGGGCUGCUGCAGCCAGAGCAGUCUGAACAGCAAUGGCAGUCUGCCCGGCGCCGGCAGCCACAGGAGGCUGUCAGAGCGCCGGGUGGCCAGCUGGGCCGCCUGCUUCGAGCGCCUGCUCCAGGACCCCAUUGGCGUCCGCUACUUCUCAGAAUUCCUCAAGAAGGAAUUCAGUGAGGAGAAUAUUUUGUUCUGGCAGGGCUGUGAAUACUUCAGUCAUAUACCUGCAACGGACAAAAAGCAGCUAUCCCAGAGGGCAGGGGAGAUCUACAACAGCUUCCUGUCCAGUAAAGCCACCACGCCGGUCAACAUCGACAGUCAGGCCCAACUGGCCGACGACGUCCUCACCUCCCCAUGUCCAAACAUGUUCAAGGCUCAGCAAUUACAAAUCUUCAACCUGAUGAAGUUUGACAGCUACUCCAGGUUCCUCAAGUCUGGCCUGUAUCAGGAGUGCAUGCUGGCCGAGGUGGAGGGACGACCUUUACCUGACCCUUACCAGAUCCCUUGUAGCCCCGCCCCCUCCAAGCAUAGCGCCAGCUCCUCCCUCUCCCUCUCCACGCCCAUUAAGGAGGCAAGGAAGCAGAGGUCAGGAAGGUCACUUAAUGAGGACCCCGGAGACGAGCAUGAUGAGCAUAAGAAACGGGGCACCUUCUUUUCUUGGUCCCGGAACCGGAGCUUCGGAAAGGGACCCAAGAAAAAGGACAUUGGAGAAAUCAACCUCGAUUCCUGGAACAGCAACGGUCGGAGGGAAUCACAGGGCUCCUUGUCCUCAGGUGCCAGUCUGGAGCUGGCCACUUCCUGUUCAGCAGGCAAGAUCGAGGGGGACAAUCGUCACUCAGUGCCGGUGUGGGACAGGUUGUCCGCCAAGCACUGCAAUGUGACCUUGCCGGAUGGCUCGUGCUCCUCUGUGACCCUGCGGUCGGGAGCCACCAUCAGGGAGGUGCUCCGGGUCCUCUGUCAGAAACUCUGCAUCAAUAUGGUCGCUGUCGACCUCUUCCUGGUGGGAGGAGAGAAGCCUUUAGUGCUGGACCAAGAUUGCAUGACCCUCAGCUCACGGGAACUCAGGAUGGAAAAGCGCACCCUUUUCAGGCUAGACCUGGUACCCAUUAACCGGUCCGUAGGCUUGAAGGCCAAACCCACCAAACCCGUCACCGAGGUCCUGCGCCCUGUCGUGGCGAAGUAUGGCCUCCACCUCAACGAUCUGGUGGCCAAAAUAAGUGGAGAAACGGAGCCUUUAGACCUAGGGGCGCCAAUAUCCAGCCUCGACGGCCUGCGCAUAGUGCUGGAAAGAGCGGAUCCCUCUGCUUCAGGGAAAGAUUCCAAGUCCAAGUCAGCCUCCUUGAAAGCCCAUCUGCCAUCUUUGACCAGCAGGAGUCUUUCAGCAACAGGAGAUGACAGGUCAUCAGGAAAGGCAAGCGGACAAGACCCGUCGCUCCCUACGGAAAAGAGAAAACCGAAAAAGAUUAAUAUAGAUGAAGCUGAAGAAUUCUUCGAGCUCCUGAGCCGGGCACAGAGCAGCCGGAGAAAUGCCCAGAGAGGCCUCCUGAACAAAGAGGACCUGGAGUUACCUGACUUCCUGCGGUUAACCACCUGCUCCCCCUCCACUGCCUCCCUAGAAGCGACUUGCUCCACCCCCACCUCCAUCAAACAGGGCCAGGGAGCAGGCAGGGUGAACGGGGUGGGCAGCACCCCCGCCCGCGGUCCCCUCAACGCCAGCCUGCGCUCCGAGAGCCUGGACUCCUCCCUCAGCAGCGCCAAUGGACACUCCCACUCCGCUGCGGGGCGCAGGGCACUGCCCCCAGCUCGCCACCCCAUACCCACCUUCGGAGCCACCCUCUCCCCCAUCCCCCGCCUCUUGGAGGCUAGAGGCCCGGGCCUCAGAACGCUGGAGGAAGACACCCAUGCUGACCUGACCCUGGUGGGAGAGGGGGACAUCAACAGCCCCAACAGCACCCUUCUGCCCCCCUCGCCGGUGCCGCUGUCCUACGAGGGCAGCCUGCCCGAGGCUAACUUCACCCCUCCUGCGCCCUGUGCCCAAACCUCCCAGGAUGGAUGUGGGAAUGGCCAGUCCAGCUCAGAGAGAAGAAAAAGAGCAUGUGCUCUUGACCGCUCCCACAAGAGGGCGCCGUAUCUUGGAGCACUCCGCUCUCAGCCUGCCCUACAGGAGGUGAUGGAUGUGGAGGGAGUGUGUCUAGAGGAGGGGGAGGAGGAGAGGGAGGAGAGAGAUAAGGUGAGGGAGGUCACCAUCAUCCGGGGAGAAGACUCCGAGCUCAGCCUCAGUUUCCAAGGGUAUGCCACUGAGCUCCGGCAGUGCCAAAGCCGGAUGAAGACCUCCCAGGUGCCCCUCAACGCCCCCGACCAAUCAGAAGGGAUCCAAGACUCCAACACUGACAUGUACAAGGCCACAAUCGUGUGAGUUCUGAGGCUGAGCAACCUUCACCAGCACUUUCCAAGCUUGAGUCACUGUUUGUUCAAACAGGAACAUACUUGACAAACAAGGGACUUUAACCGCAAAAAGCUAUUGAUAUUCACUCCAGAACUGAUAGAAUGUAUAAUAAUUGUUUUGGUGAUAUAUAUUGUAUUAUUUAACAUUACCCUGGUGUGUGUUUAGUGGGUAUACAUGAAAAGAAAAUGAAUUGCCAGUUCAGGUUGAUGAACAAUAACCUACUGUUUGGGAAUUUAUCUAGGGAUUGGCGACCUUGUUUGCUGAUACUGUAGGUACUGCAAGGCAGGGGAUAUGGAACUUAACCUCUUUCAGCUGGAUGAGAAGAUAGGAUUCACAAAUUGUAGGAACACGAGAAACUCCUCGCAACUCUAGUACAUUUUACUGUAUUAUUCUAGUCGGCAGGUAGCCUAGUGGUUAGAGCGUUGGGCCAGUAACCGGAAGGUUGCUCGAUUGAAUCCCCGCGCUGACAAGGUAAACAUCUGUCGUUCUGCCCCUGAACAAGGCAGUUAACCCAGUGUUCCUAGGCUGUCAUUGUAAAUAAGAAUUUGUUCUUAACUGACUUGCCUAGUUAAAUAAAGGUAACAUAUAUAUAUAUAUAUAUAUUCCACGCUUUCAUUGGGAACAAUAUAUGAUCCAUCUUCAUAUCUGUAAAUGUACCAUUACAGUAUUAUGAUUGCCUUCAUGUUUGGUUGUUGUUCAAAUUCCACCCAAUAAACAUGCCUACCUUUAUA